CCCGAGCCCGUUUUGCCCCGGGAUGGGGGGAGCGGAGGAGGAUUCCCGUAGCCUCUGGGCAUCUGAGGCUACUGGCUGCUGGGCAUCUCCCCUAGCCCGUCGGGGGGCGAGGAUAUCGGGGAGAUACCCGGGGUUGCUCACCCAGCUCCGGGUUCCCGUUAUCUGCCGCUGCCGCCCCGAGACCCCCGCUUUGCCCCCUCCCCAGGAAAAUCGGCAGCCCCGGCAGCUCUCACCCGGCCCAUUCAAACAAACAAACAGAAACCCGCCCCGUCGCGAAGCCAACCCGACGGGAAACUUUCUAAUGACUUCUUCUUUCAAGUGCUUAAAAGGGAAGGAGCACCCCGGGGGAGGGGGCAUCCAUCUCCCGGCCCGGGGAGGGGCGGGGGGGAUGCCGGGGAUGCCGCUGCUCGGUGUCCGUCCGUCCGUCCUGCCGGGCCGGUGUGCGGGGUGGGUGUGUUUGCGGGAACCGGGAGGGAGGGAGGGGACGGGGGGAGUUAAAGAAGCAGCGCAGUUAAUAUUUCCAACACCAGGAAGUUACUGUAAUAGCCCAGGGGGCAAAAGACUUAACUUAAUCUCCUAAAUAGUGAGGAACCCAUGGCGUCUCUGUUAUAGGUUGGAGUUCCCACGUGGUUUUAACUCCUGUAUAAAAGUUUCAGUAGAAAGUGCCACAAUGUCGUGAUUUUGCAGGGGGGGAAAAUUAGCAGGAGGAGAUCAGAGGAAGAUAAGCGAGGAGCGAGCCGCUUCCCCGAGACCUUCCACUGCGGAUCCGCGAGGGAACAUCAGACGCGUUAAAAAAACCAAAACAAACCCAAACACGGCGUUCAAGCCAGCACAAGGCGAGCGAAAGAUCAAAAAGACGCGGAGAGAGAGAGAAAGAGGCAGAGAGGGAGACAGAUUAACUGGAGCGGCAGCGGCAGCAGCAACAACAACAACAAAAAUCACACUUAAAAUCAUAAUAACAAUAACAACAAUAAUAAACCCCAAACCACCGGCAAGGGAGAUCUCGUUUAAAAAGAGCGAGCGAGGGAGCGAGCAGAAGAGCCGGUCUGACCGAGUGGAUCCGUGCAGCCGCUCCUGGGAUCGCCGGGAUCCAGCCGAUCGAGUCCCCGGUGCGGGGCCGCGCCGGGCACCGCCGCAGCAUCCUCGGCGCUGAGCCUCGAAGGAAGCCUCCCCGCCGCUCCGGAGUGGGGCUCGGGGGGCCAGCCUCGCCGCCGGGGGGGCUGCCGGCAUCGGCCCCGCUCCCCGCAGCCCCCGGCUCCGCUCCGGGCCAGCUCGGGAGGGGAGCGGUGCGGAGCCGAGCCGAGCCGCCCGGGGACCCGCACCCACGGCCUGCGGCUCGUCGUCUUGCGGGGGCGGAGUGGGCGGGGGGGUACAAGUGGCACUUCUCCCCCCCCCUCACCCCCCCCUCCUUCCAGGCUAUAAAUUGGAUUGUAUAUAAAUCUGCUUCGUUUAUCUCCCUGACCCCCCUCCAUGACGCCGGACUAAAGAGCUCCUCUCCGCGGCCCGCCCGGACCUGCCGAAGCGAGCGAUGGACCAGGCGCGGCGCCGCCCGGGGAUGCCCCUCUGAAGCGGCGCGGGGCCCCGGGGCAGCGCGGCGCCGCCUUCCCCAGCUCCCCGGCUCCCCUCGCACCCCCGGCCCGCUCCCCCUCUCCCCCCCCACCCCGGGCUCCGCAGCCACCCCCUCACCUGCUGCCGCCCCCUCCCCCGUCGGAGAGCCGGGCUCUCGGUGCACCGCCAGCCUCUCCCCCCCCUUCCCUCCUUCCAUCCCUCCCUCCCCAACUUCGCCCUCGGUGCCUGCGUGUGCAGCCUCCCCCCCCGGCGGCACACGCCGCCGUUCCCCGGGCGCCCCCUCCUUCCCUCCUUCCCUCCUUCCCUCCCUCCCUCCUUCCUUUCCUUCGCCGGCCCCGGCCCCGUCCGCCCCCCCCCCCCCCCCCCGCGCGGAGCGGUUGCGGCCCCCCACUCGGCUGCCACCGCCCCCUCCGCGCCGCGGAGCGCUCGGAGCUCGGCGCGGCGCUGCCUGCACACGGGCUCCCUGCGGCGCUCCGGGUGGCGGCCCCCAGCUCGGCCCCCCGCUCCUCCGCCAUGGACGGGGCGGCUCGCCGGGGGGUGCUGGGCGCGCUGCUGGCCUGCGGGCUGCUCCUGCUGGGCGCCUCGGGCACCCCGACCCCGCCGGCCCCCGCCGGCGGCUCCCCGCAGGACACAUGCACCUCCUGCGGCUUCCGGCGGCCCGAGGAGCCGGGCAAGGUGGACGGGGAUUUCCUGGAGGCGGUCAAGAGGCACAUCCUGAGCCGGCUGCAGAUGCGGGACCGGCCCAACAUCACGCACGCCGUGCCCAAGGCGGCCAUGGUCACGGCGCUGCGCAAGCUGCACGCCGGCAAGGUGCGGGAGGACGGCCGCGUGGAGAUCCCCAGCCUGGACGGGCAGGCGAGCGCCGGGCCGCCGGCCCACGACCCCGUCUCCGAGAUCAUCAGCUUCGCCGAGACAGACGAUCUGGCCUCAUCUAGAGUCCGCCUCUAUUUCUUCAUCUCGAAUGAAGGGAACCAGAACUUGUUUGUCGUUCAAGCCAGCCUGUGGCUUUACUUGAAGCUGCUUCCAUAUGUCUUAGAGAAAGGCAGCAGGCGAAAAGUAAGAGUCAAAGUCUAUUUCCAAGACCCGGACACUAGCAACAAGUGGAAUGUGGUUGAAAAGAAAGUCGAUCUCAAAAGAAGUGGUUGGCACACUUUUCCCAUGACAGAGGCGAUCCAGGCUCUGUUUGAGAGAGGAGAAAGGAGACUGAACUUGGAUGUUCAAUGUGAGGGCUGUGAAGAGUAUUCAGUGCUGCCAAUUUAUGUGGACCCCGGGGAGGAAUCCCACCGGCCUUUUUUAGUGGUGCAAGCCCGCCUCGCCGAUAACAAACACAGGAUCCGGAAAAGAGGCCUGGAGUGCGAUGGCAGGACCAAUCUAUGUUGCAGGCAACAGUUUUACAUUGACUUUAGACUCAUUGGGUGGAAUGACUGGAUCAUAGCACCAUCAGGUUACUAUGGGAAUUACUGUGAAGGGAGCUGCCCGGCCUACUUGGCCGGCGUCCCGGGGUCGGCUUCCUCCUUUCACACCGCCGUCGUGAAUCAGUACCGAAUGCGGGGGCUGAACCCGGGCACCGUGAACUCCUGUUGCAUUCCAACCAAACUUAGCACAAUGUCAAUGCUGUACUUUGAUGAUGAAUACAACAUUGUGAAAAGGGACGUUCCCAAUAUGAUUGUGGAAGAAUGUGGUUGUGCUUGAUUUGAGGUGUGUGUUUUUGGGGGGGAGAGAGAGAGAGAACAUUCCCAUAUGAGAUGGUGUUGGAGGAAGUUUCACUGUGUAUCCAGGCAUCAGUGUUGAAAAGUCACUGUGGAAAAGUUUGACAAAAAAAAAAUCAUUUCACUUUGGUGUCAGGACAGUGGCAGUUUGUGGAUCUUGGACACUUAUAUAUCCUACCACUUAUAAGUUAAUGCUAUGAAAUAUCUUAAAGACACACACACACACACACACCGUGCGCACGCACACAGACACGCGCUCGUACACACACACAGACACCCACACACACAGACACAGACACAAGGCAGCUUGGAAAAGGGACAUGAGCACAGGAAGUCAGUGACCAGUGACAACGUACCUAAAUGCCUGCCAGUACGAGUGAACGGCUGCGCAGCUGUUUCCCCGCCUGCCGGCGAAGUCAGACCGAAACGAGCUCCCUUUGCUCAGGCAAAAGCACAGACUGCGAGAACACGACGUAUUCUUGCACGCAGGUGUCAAAAUGACCAAACUUAGAAAAAA